UUUUUUUCUGUCUUGACCGCUCCUUACCGAUCUCUGAUCUCUCUGUCUUCUCUGUUUACGUUUCGUCGCCGAUCUCGGCCAGAUUCCAUUUUACCGCCUACUGCCAAAACCUAGAUUCCCGGAGGACGAAUCUGUUUUUUUUCGCCGGAACUAAAUUAAGGGGGCUUUAAAGGGGCUGAGAAGAUGGGUACAACUACGACAACGAGCGCUGUGUAUAUCCAAGUUAUCGAAGAUGUCGUCAACAAAGUCCGAGAGGAGUUCAUUAACAACGGAGGUCCCGGCGAGAGUGUCCUCAGCGAGCUUCAAGGAAUUUGGGAGACGAAGAUGAUGCAAGCUGGAGUCUUAAGUGGACCAAUAGAGAGGUCAUCGGCCCAGAAGCCAACUCCUGGAGGUCCACUGACGCAUGAUCUGAAUGUUCCUUAUGAAGGUACAGAGGAGUAUGAGACCCCCACUGCUGAAAUGCUUUUCCCUCCGACACCAAUGCAGACUCCCCUUCCAACGCCGCUUCCUGGUACUGCGGAUAACUCCUCCAUGUAUAACAUCCCUACCGGCUCUAGUGACUAUCCAACUCCUGGAACUGAUAAUGGAAGCAACGCUGAUAUUAAAGGAAGACCCAGUCCUUAUAUGCCACCUCCUUCCCCGUGGACAAAUCCUAGACUUGAUGUCAAUGUUGCUUACGUGGAUGGCCGUGAUGACCCUGAGAGAGGAAACUCUAAUCAGCAGUUUACACAGGACUUAUUUGUGCCACCCUCCGGUAAACGAAAACGUGAUGAUUCUUCCGCACAUUAUCAAAAUGGUGGAUCUAUACCUCAACAGGAUGGUGCAAGCGAUGCUAUCCCUAAGGCAAACUUUGAAUGUGAUGCAUUUCGGAUAACUUAUGUUGGUGAUAGAAAGCUCCCACGAGAUUUCAUCUGCUCAUCAUCAAAGAUUCCUCAAGUUGAUGGGCCACUGCCUGACCCGUAUGAUGAAAUGUUGUCCACACCAAAUAUUUACAGUUAUCAAGGACCCAGUGAAGACUUUAACGAGGCCAGAACUCCGGCUCCAAACGAAAUCCAAACGAGCACUCCUGUUGCUGUGCAAAACGAUAUCAUUGAAGAUGAUGAAGAGCUGUUGAACGAAGAUGAUGAUGAUGACGAGUUGGAUGAUCUAGAUAGUGGUGAGGAUAUGAACACACAACAUCUGGUUUUAGCUCAAUUUGACAAGGUGACUCGCACAAAGAGCAGGUGGAAGUGCAGUCUGAAAGACGGGAUUAUGCAUAUAAAUGAUAAGGACAUUCUCUUCAACAAAGCAACAGGCGAGUUCGACUUCUGAUCUUCACAAUAGCAAUGCUUCUAGAAAAGUCUCAGUCUUUCAAACGUCAAAUGUCUUUCUUUUUACCUUGUGAUUUAGACCGACCUCCAAAACAGAGACAUGAUUAUUUAUGGGAAAGUGUACUCUGGUUGGCAUGUUGUACAAAAAGAACAGAUUUUUCCGGCCAAAGAAGGCUUAUCAACUUUGACUUAUUUCAA